CCUUUUCUCUCCGAGUAUGUUUGUGUGAUCAAAGUACAUGUCGGUGUUGGUGUCUUUUGGCGUUAUAUUGCCGGUAUUGCGUAUAUGUUGGUGUACGAUGCGUUUCUUUCUUUUCUUUUAUUUAUUUUUCACUGCUGCUUAUUUCAUAUAUUGGUUAUUUACUGGGUUUUGUAUCGUAAUUGAAGUUUUGCUUAUGUGUUGGUUUAUUCGGUGAUUUUUCUUUCUGGGUUUGCUGCCGAUCAAAUAAACUUUGCUUAUUUGUUGAUUUGUUAAUUGUUCCAGCCUUUUGUGUUGCUGGGUUUUGUGUAUGUACUUGUUGUGUUGGGUUCUAACUGGGUUUUGUUACUUGUUAUUGAACUAUGCAGUACAUCUCGUGUGAUGGGAGAUAGAAUCCCACCUGGUAGUUACUUCCAGUAUCCUCCUGGACUCCCUGCUUCUCCUAUCAGGUCUUCUACCCUUCCUUCAGAUCGAGAAAGAUACUUGGCUGAAUUAUUGGCAGAGAAGCAAAAGUUGGGACCAUUUUUGCAAGUUCUUCCCUUGUGUAGCAGACUUCUAAAUCAAGAAAUCAGACGGAUUUCCAGCUUCAAUCAAAGUUUUGUUGGUCAUGAAAGACUUGAGCAUGAGAACCCACUUAGGUCAAUAGGUCAACCCCUUAAUGGUAGAGCAAUGGAUUUAGAAGGAUGGCCCACAAUGCACGUGGAGGAAAAUGGACAAGUUCAAAGAAUGGCCCCAGUUCAAAAUUCUCCAAUCAGUUGGCCUGGGUUGCAAGGAGUUCCAACCACUCCUAUUGUGAAGAGAGUUAUUAGAUUUGAUGUUCCUGUGGAGAAAUAUCCAAACUAUAAUUUUGUUGGUCGAAUUCUGGGACCACGUGGGAACUCACUGAAAAGAGUUGAAGCCAUGACAGAAUGUAGGGUGUACAUAAGAGGAAGGGGCUCUGUUAAGGAUUCUUUAAAGGAAGAGAAACUGAAGGAUAAACCGGGGUACGAGCACCUUAAUGAGCCACUGCAUGUGUUGGUGGAGGCUGAGUUUCCAGAGGAUAUUAUAAAUGCCCGCUUGGAUUAUGCAGUGACAAUAUUAGAGAAACUUUUGAAGCCUGUGGAUGAGUCCUUGGAUCAUUACAAGAAGCAACAAUUAAGGGAGCUGGCUAUGUUGAAUGGCACUCUAAGAGAAGAAAGCCCUAGCAUGAGCCCUAGCAUGAGCCCAAGCAUGUCACCUUUUAACAGUACUGGAAUGAAAAGAGCAAAGACAGGAAGAUAACCAUAAAAUAUAUUGAUGAUGUGACCUUGUUUAGUUAGUUUGGUGAAUGCAUGCGAUUGGUAUUGGCCUGAUGGCAGAACCUUGGGAUGGGAAGCUGACCGGCUACUUGAACUCCUGAGGUAAUUUUUGGGGUCUGUGAUUGUUCGGCAUCACAAAUGGAUGACUGCUUCAAUGAUUUCUCAAAUUUUGCUUCACGUCUGCCAUGAUUUAUAUUCUUUCAUGUAUCACUAAUUUUGAACACCGGGGACAAUAUUUUUAUUAUUUAACUUGUAGUCGCCCCCCAUCGACAUUUAUCUUUACAUUAUAUGCGCAUUCUGAUGUAUGCAAGCUCAAUAUGAAUUCCGAAAGUGUUCCAUUAGCGUGGUGAAAUCAGGUCUUCAUGGCCUCUUUUUGAAUCGGAUGGUAUUGGAUAAUUUGGAUGCAUG